GGUUAUGUCUGUCGUUCCAUAUCCGUCGACUUACUUUGACUGAACCACGAGUUUUACGUGUCAACUCAGGGGCACUGCCAGGUGUCAGUCUGAUCUUGGGCAGGAAGCCAUUUAUGUACAUCACAAGCUAAGGGUCCUGCCAUCCAGGUGGUCGAAUUCUUGAAGGGAUAGAUGUCUGGUUCGGAACCAGGUGGCGGAGUGGCGUCAUUGCCGCCGCCGCAGCCCAGAUCGCCGCCGCUGUGCCGCCGCGAACUGGCAAAGGUUCAGGUGCUGGAAAGAGAGGUUGGCUUCCUUGAGGAUGAGCUAAAAUUUCAUGAAGGCCUGCAACCGGCUUCUCUAUUGUGCAAAGAGGUUACAAAUUUUGUGUUGGCAAAACCCGACCCCCUCGUUCCAAUCACUAAGAAGGCUUCAAGAUCCUCUCGUUUCUGGAAAUGGCUCUGCUGCAGUGCAACACCCUCUUCCAACAUUAUUAUUUCCUGGAUUUGCUGUCAUCGAUGUCCCAAAAUCAAAACGUCACGAUGUUUCAACUGUCGUAACUGCAAUUUGUGCUGCGGCUGCUCCUCCUCGUGCACCAUCGGCUGUUCAAUACCUAACUGUCACAGCAGCAGUUGUAGCUCGUGCCCGGAUUCUCGUGGCUGCUUUAAGAAGCCCUCGUGCUCAAUCUAUGUUGUGCGUGGGAACGAAAGAGAUAAAGGGUAUGGAAUUCAAUCAUAA